AUGACUUUCAGCAUCUUAAACCUGCUAGGAGGGCUCACGCUCGCUGCCGCCUCUAUGCUACCGCAGUCCUGGCCAUCGGUCUCCUAUAAAACGGAGCCGUUCACAAGCCCGCUGCUCAACGUGACGCGCACGGGACCAACUGCGCCUGGUCUUAUAUGGUUUUCCCCUGCCGUCUUCUUCCCGCAGCAGGGAGGUCCGCCCACGUCGGAACUCUCGCCUUUUCUUGUCACACAGGAAGGAGAGGUUGUCUUUCACGGGCCUAAUUAUCCUGCAAGUCAGCCAGAUUUUUUUGCUAAUUUCAGACCGCAAAUGUUCAGCAAUGGAACGAUUCUGUCGUACUAUCUCGGCCAAUUUGGACCAAGCAUGGAGCAGGCUCUUGGAAACGUAACGUUCCUUGACUCCAACCUCAUGGUAACAAACACCAUCUGUCUGGCAGAUUACCCCUCAUACAUCCCAGGGGGCAAAGACUAUCCUUGCAAAGUCGAUCUCCAUGAGUCCCGACGUCUGUCGAAUGACAGAUUUCUGGUGACGACCCAUAACUUCACACAGACGGAUCUUUCUGCCGUCGGUGGUCCCAAAGAUGGUUGGGUUACCGACAGUCAAUUCCUUGUUAUUAACCCCUACACCGAGGAAAUUUACUUCAAGUGGUCCAGCCUGGAUCACCUCGACAAGCUUCCAUACUUUCACAUCAACUCUGUUGAUGAAUUCGAAAACGGAUACGUCAUCUCGGCCCGCCACUUCUCCAGUGUCGUCUUCAUCGACGAGCAUGGAGAGGUAACUUACCGUCUGGGCGGCGUCGACGGCCAGGACUUCAAGCUGGACCCUGCUGCCACUUUCGGCUAUCAGCACGACGUUCAUGCGCGCCGUGAGACUGACGGCUCCAUCAUGGUCACCAUGUAUGAUGACGAGAACUAUGACGUACCACCCAUCAGCGAAGAUAAGAGAUCUUCCGCACUAUCAGUGCGCCUCGAUACGAAAGACAUGACAGCCAAGCUUGACCGCCGUCUCUUUAGCAAUGACACAGUUCAAGCCAUCGGUUUAGGUUCAUGGCAAGACCAGCCCAACGGGCAUGUCUUUGUUGGUGACGCAACAUUUCCGUCUAUGUCAGAGUUUGACGAGAAUAACAAGGAGGUGUGGAAUAUGCGCUACGGCUUUACAGGGCCGGGCUCGUUUCGCGCGUACAAGUUCACGGACUGGAAGAGCACUCCGUCGUACCCUCCUAAGGUGUUUGCAGAGUCUCUACAGGACGGUAGUGCGGUUGUGCACAUGAGCUGGAACGGUGCUACAGAGGUUGCUAGCUGGCGCGUUCUCGCUGUAGUUGGGAGUAACGCUACAUUUGUAGAUGUAGGCACGGUGAAGAAGUCGGGUUUUGAGACGAGCUACACUGUCAAUCGUGAAGGAGUGAAGGAGGUCAUGGUCAUGGCACUUGAUGCUGACGGGAAGCAUCUUAGCACGUCGGUUGCUUUUUCCCUGUAG